CAUGAUAUCAGCCCUUGAUCCUGGGAAAUGAAGCAUAAAGUUGUGUUUUCUUCAUUGAUUCACUUCACUGACCAAUAGCAUGUCCCAUUAAUUCAAAUAUAAGUGAGCCUCUUGUCCUGAGAAAGAAAUCCCAAACCUCUGUUUUGAAGAGUUUUCCCUAAAAGAUGGCCCCAAGCAGGAAGAUGUAUUUUGCCUUUGCAUUGUUCAUUUUGGCUCAACUGCCAUCAGAGUGCCAGGCAGGACUUGAAUAUUCUGAGUCAUUUCCAGGAGGCGAGUUUGCCGUUUGUGAGCCAUGCAGGCUCGGAAGAGAGGCUCUGAUGAACCAGAUCAGCACUUUGGGCCUUAGAAACAGGACUGGAUGUUCAAGGAAGAUCCGAAGUUACAUGGCUUACCCAAGUUACACAGUGCGUCCUUUCCAUUCAAUCCUGAGAUGCCUGAUUCUUCAGAAAGAAUAAGGAAGUCUUGACCCACUCUUAUUCUGUGUUAACAUAAAGGCAUGGAGAGCAACUGAGGAUACCAGAGACAGUGUGGGAGGAGAGUGGGAAGUGGCAG